AUGGAGUAUGGGAAAUACGGCAUCAUUCGGGAAGUGGACAUGUGGAGCAAACGACCGGAAUUUAGCGCAUGGCUGGCUGAAGUGAAAAAGGCGAAUCUGGAGCAGCUGAGCGGGUUUGAGGAGAAGAACCUGUUCAAGGAGUUCAUGGAAGACCACAACACUGCCACGUUCCCAUCCAAGAAGUAUUACAACUUAGCGGCAUGGGAGCAUCAGCAGAUGACGAAGAGGAAGGGACGGCCGGAUAAGCCUUCUGGAAUGGAAAUGACCGAGUUCAAUGAUGAGGAUAUGAGGAGGGAGGAGAUUCGCCGGGCGAGGGAGAAGCAGAAGGAGGAGGAGGUACUGGCGCUCAAGCGCAGCAUGGAGUCGGGCAUGGCACAAGCAAUGAGAGACCAGGAGCGACUCAAAGAGGAGCUGCGCUUCCUCUAUCAGAUUGGAAACUACGAGGGAGCUGCUGCCAUCCAAAAGAGGCUUGAGCCUGAUGAUCCUUCCAAGCGAUAG